GCUGUUCGCGAAAUACAGGUUUAAUUUAAAAAUAAUUAGUUUUCUUAAUAAAAGAAAAUUUUGUUUGUUAAUCUGCAAUUAACAUACCAGGAUACUUAUACUUAAACUGCAACAAAUAAAAGGAAACCCCCAAGCAGUAUUAAUUUAUAUUGCACACAUGACAACAUCGAUGCAACUAUAUCGCUACAGUUUUACCGCAGGUGCCUUUGCUGCUGGCGGUAGUUUUUUUGGACGCGCGCCAAGCCAAUUGUCGGAGCUGCCGGCAUUGACAAGUGCAUUUGCGCCAACAGCCGCGGCAACAUACUAUUUAGAAUUACUUUUUUUGCGUGCUGUGCCCAUUAUCUUGAUGGUGAUUUGUAAUGUACUAAAUUGGCGCUAUUUUCUUAAAGCUUUGCAGUGUACUGAGCACACAUUGACUGCAACGGUCCUUACCGCUGCCACUAAUUAUAUGUUAUCGUUUAUAUUAGGUGCACUUGUUUAUCGAGAAGAGAUUACUCUAAUGUCAACGGUUGGUGCUAUAUUUAUUAUAACCGGUCUUUGGUUUCUAUGUAAAGCACAAGAGGAGCAAAAACUAAGUGCAAAACAUAAAAAGUUACAUUAGAAAAUAAAAAAUAGAGUAAAUUAAUGAAAUAAAAA